CUUUUUUUUUGCCUGACAGCUAUUCUAUUCUACCUAAUUUAAAAAUUGUCAAAUUAGUUAGACUUUGAUGUUCGUUGCUUUUCACGUGUUUUGUGAACGUUGUACUUAAUACUUACCAUGUUACCAUUCAUGGUAUUGUCGUCCCACGCACGAUGUUCGGCCAGCAUUCUCAGUUAGUCAUUUAUUCUCACUUGCAUAACACGUAUACUGAUAUACAUGUAUCAAUAAUAAAUAUUGAGAAUUUGAGACGAUGAGUUACCAAUUCCUCUGUUUCAUAUUUUUUUUUUUGUAUAUGGAAUCAGUCUUUGAAAAGGCAGUUUAAGAAUAACAUUUUGUUGUUACAAAAAAAAAAAAAGAAUAACAUUUUGUAUCAAAGGAGAUUUGAAUCUGGAAGAAAAGAAACCUUCUUGUUCUACCACCAAACCAUCAUACCUUUGAUUAUUACUAUUAUAAUUUUAUUUGAAUAAAAUAUGAAUCCUAUAGUUUUUUAUCUUCAUAAAAUGUAAAAAAUUUAAUUGAUAUACAAACCAACUCAACCACACAAAAAACUAAUAUCGGUGGAUUGAAUAUUAUCAUAAGACUAUUUAUAAUUAUGCUUUAUGACCAUGGGUGUUUAUAAGAUGGAUUCGAGUUAUAUGCUCUUUUACCAGAACUUGUGGUCUAGUAGUGAUUAAUUUGAGGGCAAAAAGUUUAAUACACAUCAGGAUUCGUUUGGCAUCGCCAGGAACAUAGAACCACACAUGGUAACACAUGAUUAGUCUGAACCACUUCUGUGGAGACAUGAUAUUCUUGUAUAAUUCAAAAAAAAAAGAAUUAAAUGCCCUUCAAUAGAUUUUUCAAUAUAUAAAUAGGUUACAUUGGAGAUCGUAUAAAAUCACAAGUAAUAUUCUAUAUCAAGAAGAUAUAUUUGAUUAAUAUUAAUUCUAACACGUCCUUUUAAUCGAGUCAAGAAGUUGUCAGACAUUGAAUCUGAACCUGAAGGGAAAAAAGAUGGAUCCAUACGGUUUUAAAAUCAGAAUGUGUUUUAUCAUACACAUGUUUUGAAAAUAUGAUUUUAUGAGUUGUUAGAUUAUAGCCUAAAAAGACAUAUGCCGUAUAUCUUGGAGUGAGCUUACGCUGCAAUCGAGAUAGAAGGAAUAUUUUCUAUUUCGAAACAGUUCUGUUAGAUUCAGACUAACAUUCCUAAUUAAUUGUACCGUUGAAAUAAAUAAAACUACUGUAUAUAAAUAGAAAGUCACCAGCAAUUACAUGUAUAUUUAAAUAAAAAUAAUAAUAAUUCAACGAUUAAAUAUUCCAAAUAAAAAUAGAUAUUUAUGUUCUAAUCAUUUCAUCAAAGCAUAUCUCUAUCACAAGAGACAAACAUAACAAAAAAAAAAUACAAGAAUAAAAAAAUGAAAGUUGUCUUGAUCUUUCUCUCUGUUCUCUUCCUCCUCCAAGCAUCCCAAGGAUUUGAUUUCCACGAAAAUGAACUACAGACCAAGGAGAGCUUAUCGAAGCUCUAUGAAAGGUGGAGAAACCACCACUCUGUAUCAAGAGCCUCCCACGAGUCAAUAAAACGGUUCAACGUUUUUAGACACAAUGUGCUUCAUGUCCACAAGACAAACAAGAAAAACAAACCUUACAAACUCAAGAUCAAUAGAUUCGCCGACAUGACACACCAUGAGUUCAGAAACUCCUACGCUGGUUCUAAUGUUAAGCAUCACCGGAUGCUCCGUGGACCUAAGCGCGGAUCUGGUAGAUUCAUGUAUGAGAAUGUAACCGCUGUUCCAAGUUCUGUUGAUUGGAGAGAAAAGGGAGCUGUCACUGAUGUCAAGAGUCAACAAGAUUGUGGAAGUUGCUGGGCAUUUUCUACGGUUGCAGCAGUAGAAGGAAUAAACAAGAUCAGAACAAACAAACUAGUUUCAUUAUCCGAGCAAGAGCUUGUUGAUUGUGACAAUGAAGAGAAUGAAGGCUGUUCAGGAGGUCUUAUGGAACCUGCGUUUGAUUUUAUCAAUAACAAUGGUGGUAUCAAAACUGAAGAGACUUAUCCUUACAUUUCUAACGACGUUGAUCUCUGCAGAGCUAAAUAUAUUGAAGGAGAAACCGUAACGAUUGACGGACACGAGCACGUCCCUGAGAAUGACGAGGAGGCACUUCUCAAAGCUGCUGCUCAUCAGCCUGUCUCUGUAGCCAUUGAUGCUGGGAGCUCAGAUUUCCAGCUUUAUUCUGAGGGUGUGUUCACUGGAGAAUGUGGGACUCAGUUAAACCAUGGAGUGGCGAUUGUCGGGUACGGAGAGACAGAAAGCGGAACAAAAUAUUGGAUAGUGAGAAACUCAUGGGGUCCUGAAUGGGGAGAAGGAGGCUAUGUUAGGAUUGAAAGAGGAAUAUCUGAGAACGAAGGACGUUGCGGUAUAGCAAUGGAGGCUUCUUAUCCCACCAAGCUCUCUUCUAGUUCCUCUGGAGAAACUAAUACUAUUCAUGAGCCAAUAGCUUCUGAUGCUGUUAAAGACGAACUCUAGAGAUUGUGAGUCACAUGAUUCAUUAAAAGAUGGGACGUCAAGAAUUCUUAUAUUGUGGAAGAUAUAUAAUAUGUUGAAUAUCCUACUUUUGAGUUUGUUAUUGCAUGUGUUUUAUAUCUUAUUCCAUGGGUUUUCUUUUCCUUUAAAAUGCCAUGUUGACACCUUCUUUCUUACUUCAUUAUUAUGAUGUAUACAUUGUGUCGAUUUUCAUGUCCUUGUUACUUGCCAUAUUGAUCAA